AUGCGCAGUAGACGUGUUGACUGCAAGGAACAAAAAUCAAAAAAGUUUCCAGUGCUAGUGUUCAUUCACGGUGAUUCGUUCGAGUGGAGCUCUGGAAACCCUUACGAUGGAAGGAUGCUGGCUUCUUACGGGAACAUCAUGGUUAUCACUGUCAACUUCCGACUUGGCAUAUUGGGAUUUAUGAAACCGAGUCUAACCGAGCAUGUUUACGGCAACAAUGGCCUCUUAGACCAGUUAGCAGCUUUACAAUGGAUCAAAGAUAAUAUCGAGGAUUUGAAUGGUGAUCCAACCUCCGUUACCCUUAUGGGUCAUAGUACUGGUGCCGCUUGCGUCAGCUUUCUGAUGCUAUCUCCAAUUUCCAAUGGAUUAUUUCACCGCGCCAUAUUGAUGUCCGGGUCGGCAUUGUCAGAUUGGGCGAUGACCAAGGAUCCAACGCCAUACACUUUACAAGUAGCCCAGAGCUUGGGUUGCAAUCCAAACUCUAAGAACAUGAUGGCUUGUUUGCAAAAGAAACCGUUAUCAGAAAUCAAGAAAGUGCAGAUUUUGGCACGAGAGUUUGAGACCCCCUUGGGACCAGUGGUUGCGGGGUCUUUUAUACCAAAUGAACCCGCUAAGACUAUGGAGUCGUUUCCAAAUUUACUGAGCAAGUACCAACUUCUAAGCGGAGUGACAGAAUUAGAAAGAUACCACGAUUUCGGCGUCAUAGAAUUGGAACACGGAGUUUUGGAGAACCAGAGAGAUGACUUCAUAAGAAAAUACGCCAAGAUCAUAUUCGAAGGUGCUGAGGAUGAGACCUUGAAGUCUAUUUUAAAAGAAUAUUCACCAUCAAAGCUGGACCCGCAACGCUGGAACGUAGAGACGAAUCGUGAUGUGAUUCUCAAUAUGUUCAGCGAUGCCCGAACUCUGGCUCCAGUCGUUCGCUUCGCUAACUACCAGUCGCAGGCCAACAGGCAAUCCUACUUCUAUGUCUUUGGACACAACUCCAUCAGCUCAGACUAUGCCGCUCUGAACAAAAGUGUCCAAGGAGAAGAGUUACCGUACGUGUUUGGUGUACCGCUAGGAGUAACAAACACACACUUUAACCCCGACUACACGCAACAGGAAAAACUACUUAGCGAGGUCAUCAUGAGGAUGUGGACAAAUUUUGUCAAAUAUGGGUCUCCAAAUUCUCAGGCUCCAGUCAAGUUUUAUAACAUGGAUCGAAGACAAUGGAGUCUGUAUGACAUUGACUGGCCCGAGUAUGAUGGUACCCGUCAAUCUUACCUGAAGUUCGACAUUCCGCCAGAAGUAGAUACGUCAUAUCGUUCUAAUUACACCAAGUUUUGGAUAGACACGUUGCCAAAUAAAGUGAGCAAGUAUAUAGUGGAUCCGUUGUUUGAAUACACUCCUCCACCUCCAUCGCCGAAACCUAAAAUUAGUCACAGGAACACAGGAAACGCGCCUAGUGAAACCAAACCUACAAGUAAAUACACCAGCUCUUCAGUCAAAGAUCCAAUUCGACGGAUCUGGGCUCCACAAGUAGCGGAAACUCCACACUACUCUUCCUCGGGAAUAUACGGAAAAAUGCGUCCAUAUUCACAACCAGUUAGAAGGCCGGACUCUAAUGUAAUAUACAAGGAGAUUAUGUCCAUUGAGAAGCCAGCCCGUCCCGUACCAUCGGGGCUAAUGGAAAAAACCGUAACACAUUUUACACACACGACUACGUCUAAACCAAUAGUCAACUUGUCAGUAAAAACUUCCAGCGCAACUAUCGCGUUGAUAGUGUCGUUAGCUAUUCUCUUUCUCGCUAUCAACGUCGCAAUUUGUUUUAUAUUUUAUAUCAAAAAACGUAAGCUCAGAUUGCGCGAGCAAACACUCGAGAGCACUCAUCAGCCGCGUGCCGAAAUAGGUGAAGUAGAUGUAAUCGGUCAGAAGAGCUCUAAGGAUGACAAAAGCGCUCUGCAAACUCUGAAAAACGGUUGCAGCGUUAUCAAGUCGAUGAGUUUUAAUAAAAUGAAAAACAAUUCCAAGAAACAUAAAAAGAAAUCGGAAGUCUGUAAAACCCCCAAAUCUGAUGACUCAGGGGGAUUUAGAGAGAGAUUUAAACUAAGACGGCAUUUAUCGACCAGCACUUUAGACGCUCACACUAAAGUGAGGGACUGGAUUGCCAAUGAAAUGAUGCAUCGAUGUUCUCCAGGUAUACUGAGAAAAUCAAACUCAGACUUAAAUGAAAAACACAUGACUGUAGCGAAACCUUUCACGAGAUCAGAAGAACUUCUUUCAGAUACAAAGAAAAGUAAAAAGGAUAACCUUAAAAUCAAUGAAAGUGUAAAUUCUAAGAGUUUAG